AUGGCAGACUUGUCACCUGGUUUGGGCAUGAUAAGCACGCGCACGUCGCGGUCCUCGAUGUCAAGCAGUAUUAAUCCCCUCCCACUCAUGCGUCGCACAUCUGAUAGUAGUGCACCGUCAACGCCAUCCACACCGUCAAGCGUCCCAUCCUUUCGGGCUAUCCGCAACCUCCUCCCUUUUGGAAAUAGCAAACCAGCUUCGCCAGCUCAGCCACCGACACAAACAAAACAUCCAUUUCACUUUGCCUCUCUCCGUCGCUCCAGUGAUCGCAAACCUUCCUUUUCUUCUGCCCGCGACCAUCAACGUGAUCAGGACAAUCCUCCUGUCAUAUCUAUAUCACGUCUUGAUGCUGAAGAAUUUGGUGCGCACAAAAGGAGCUAUGAUCUUGUCCGCGUUGCUUCAGCCUCCGACAGUCUCCUUCCUUCACUCUCUACUGCUUCCCAGUCUCUUGAUGACGAGAUGUAUGUUCCCAUCCACCCAUGCCCUGCUGACCUUAGCACCAUCCUCGAAGCCGAAAACUCGGGUAUCUCGAAAUACAUCCCCUCCGCAAGUCCUUCCCCAUCUCCUUCCCCUACUUCGCCACACACUUUCUUUCCAUCCAAGGUCACAUUCUCCCCCCCGCCAUCUCACGGCACCUUUCCCAUUCCCAAAGACCGCUCUGCCUCUCAAACUUAUUGUGGCCCCUCCCCCACCGCUUCCAAUCUCGAUCUAUCCCUCUCAAAUUUAUCCGCUGAACUCCAUGACGCUCUAUCCCCCACUACUGCCGACGGUUGGUCCAGUGUUAUCGUGGUUGAAGAUGCAGACGUGGCGCCGCCACCAUCGGGAACGAAUCAUGGGUUUGACAGUGGGGGUUCGACUUCUUGUCUCCCUCAGAUAUCAGACCCAGACCCAGACGCGACCUUUGACUUCAGUGCGCUCGAUCCCGACCUUGCCGAGCUACUCAGUCCUCAUCGCGCGCCCAGAAAGGAGACGGGGGAAUCAGCCACCGAUAAAUUGGCACCAGGCAGGUUCAGUAUUGGACCAUACCGAGUGGCAGCUUCAACAGUUCCUCAAACACCUGGUCCUCGAUUAUACUCCGCGCCUCUAACUGAACGAUCUACUACACCUUUGUCAUCAGGAUGCUCUUCCGUCGAACCGCUACCACGAGAGCCUAUAACACCUCUAUCCCCGAGCAUACGAUCAUCAACAGUGCCCCAGUUAGAUGCACGAUCCCUAGUAUCGCUGGGCUCCAGAACGUCACAAGGAGUGGUACACUCUCCAGAACCUACGCAACUCCCAAUUUCCCGUCCUUCUAUGGACAUGCGUCGGUCACCGUCACAUUUGCCAAGGCUCGUGCGAAGUGUCACUUCUGCCUCUCCUUCCAUCGCUGUGAGUACGCCAGGCACAUCUGUGGAAACGGCCACGAGAACGCAGAGGCAUCAGCUUCCGUCUCCUUUAUCGGCUGGGCAGGUUACAGCGGAUACGGUGAUGCGAUCGACAUCGGACACUACGGGGUUGAGGGUAUCUUUGGACACAUGUGUCCCUCGCCCAUCGGUAAAUGUCAGCUUCAUGCCUCGCUCUUCUUCCGAUACCGGGUCGAAGAAUACUUGUGCUAUUCAGCACCCAAAGCAGCAGGGACACGUAUCCUCGUGUCCAAAUGGCAACGUUGUGCCCACCAGAGGGGCGCCGCCUUUGGUGCCCUGUAUCACUACAGCUCUUGUACCUACUUCUACCGCACCCCCCAGUCUUAGUGCGUCUCCCUCAACCGCGGUCACUUCCUCACCCUCCACUACCACUACCAGCACAAACCCAAGGACCCCCACAUCUAGCCCUCCCCCAACUACAAGCACCCCCCAUGACCCAGCCCAUAUCCGUCGCCGUCAUCAUCCCCACCUCUUUAUCAGCCGGAAGAGAAGCUUAAGUGUUGACGAACCCUCAUCCUUAUCUACUCGUGUUGAGAAUUCAGGAUCAAGCGCGAGCAAUCACCUCAAUAGUGCAAGGAGGUUUGGGCUUGGUGUAAAUAACGGAGUUGGAGAGAGGGCAGGCAGGGUCAAGCUCGCUUCCGGAGAAAACAGACUUGUGUCCUCCCCGCUCACCCGUAGCACGCAUAUACCAGGACCUCCAAUCAUGGAAUGGCUUGGUCCAAGGACUGCCAAAGCAUUUGCUGCUGCCGGGUUGUUCGACGGGGAAAGAGAGGAGGCUGGUGCAAGGUUCGAACGAGAGAGGGCAGGUGCCAGAGUCAAUCGAUUUGAGCAGGAUCGAGAAGGCGCAAGUUCAGUGCUGAGUCGGUUUGACCGUGACCGUGAAGGCGCUACUUCGGUGAUGAGCCGGUUGGAUCGUGAUCGUGAAACGUCUCUCGGCCGUUAUGAUAGGGAUCGUGACUAUUCGACUAUCAACCGCUAUACUUCCUUGCGGGACCAUGCCCCAUCGCGUGCGGCAUUUUCAGAAGCUGCGAGCACGUCUUCGUUUGGCACGAGGAGCGCGUGCACGACAGGGAAUGCUGGUACAGGAUGGAGCCCCAGCCCGACGUUCUCAAGCGCCGCGAGGACUGCAUUCUCAGGAAGUACAGCUCCUACGAGCGUAAGCAGCGGUGUGGGAUCGGGGAUUAGUGCUGGAGCUGGAGCUGGAGUUGGGAAUGCUGGAGUUGGGAAUGCAAUGGGAGCCAACGUCCGGACGCUUCAAGAAAAGCAUUGUCUCGAGACCUCCGCACUCCUGAAUGCCCUUGCAGAUUCCCAGGAGGCGUGCAGGAGACUGAGGGAGGAGAAUGGAGUGUUGAGAGAAAGAUUGAGGGUGUUAGAAGCCAUGGUGAAACAGGACAGAGAUGAUGUAGGCUUGGGCAGAGGCGUAGGACUUAGCGUGCUCAGCCAGGACGAGGAAGAUGGGUCCGAUAAAACACAUCGCUACGACCAAGACUUCGAGCGCUUGCCCCGAAAACACUUUGCUUCUCUCCGUGUCUCACCUGCUCAUCAAUCCCGAACACUCACACCUGUCCCUCGUAUGCCUCAUCUCGAACGAUCGCACUCCCAUCUCCUACAGCAUGACAGACACCAUACUGUAUCCGCUAAGGCGUCUUUCGAUUUCACAUCCGGACGGACCCCCUCCCCGUCGCGGUCCACGCAGUUCAGACUUCCUUCGCAGCAGACACAGUCCCAACCUACAUCUUCAUUGUCCAUUCAACCUCCUUCCCCGCAGAAGAGACAUCCAGAGAGACAAAGACGCGCGAGCACAUCCUCGAGCUUGUUCCCCGCUCCACCGCCUGAAAUGUCGAUGUUGAUGUUGGAGGAUGUGGGAUUAUCCAACGUGGUGAGCGAGUCACCGCCUUCUCCUGGCGGUUCCUCUCCUGUUGUUAAAAAAUUAGGGCAUAAACAUUCGCACUCGCAUUCCAUGAUUCCUCGUUCGCAUUCCUUCUAUGCCCCUCAAUCCUCUUACGCAAGUCAAUCUGUAUCAUUCACUUCCUUCGCAUCGACGGGAACAGCAGCUGCGAGCCCGAGCACCGCGACUUUCUCUAUGACAGAAGCUCCUGGGUCUCCACAUAGUCUACAAUUGCGCCCCGAACACGAGUUACACCUUGGGGAUAUGGCGAGUUUGAGUCUAUAUGCUAUGAGCGAUGGGGAGGGGGAUGAUGGGGAUGAGGAGGUAUGA